AUGAAAACAGAAUUCUUCUGUAAGACGUGUUCACAUGACCUGUGUCUACAGUGUAAAGAAAGACAUGUUAUUGAUCCAAAUAACAUAUACCAUGAUGUUGUGAUUUACCGUGAGAGAUAUGAAUUCAUCCGUACAGAAAGAUGUGUUAAACAUCCAGAUGAAAUCUAUAGAAUAUACUGUCAGACAUGUGAACUUCCUUUCUGUUAUAAGUGUAAAGGAUGUACUAAACCCCAAAACAUAGACAUUAAAUCCGCUUACAGAUCAUAUCGUCAAAAAUGUAAAGAUAUUUUCCAAAGCAUUGGGUACGAGGCUCUUUAUAUCAGUUAUUUUCUCCUAGCAGAAAUCAAAGAUGACAGAAGAAAUUGUCACACAAAACUUUCCAAUUUUCAAUUAGAAAUGGCAACUAGAGCCCAGAGUCUGCAGGAGCAUAUUAUCACAGUUGUAGAUGACUUUAAAAUUUUGCACAGAAGAAUUAUGCAUUGUGUGCAACAACGAAAAAGAAACAAUGUCUGUAUUGAGAAGUACGAACGUAGAAGUGAAAAGGUAACACAAUGGCCGAUUAAAUUUCUUUUUUUCCACAAGAAAACUCCUUUUCCAAAGAUAAGAGAUACUCCAAAUUUCACAAAGCAACAUCCGCACUCCUUGUACGACGAACUCAACAUGGAAAACUUGAUUAAAUUACUGAGCGAAAAUAUUAUCACAGAUACAGGAACAAGACAUGAAUAUCUCCUGAAGCUUCUGCCUCAACCAGUGUUAUAUAGAUCUAUCACAGUGGAAGGCGUGAAUGGUGUAUUGCACAUUUCCUGUGUGGCACCAGACAAAGUUUGGGUGAAUGAUCUAAACAACCUUCUUUUGAUAAAUAUAGAAGGUGAAAUUCUUCAUCGUUUGAGAGAUAUAAAUAGUUAUACUGGAUCUCAUACGGUUAACAGUGUAGGUGAUCUUAUCUAUAUAGAUAAGAAUAAUAACAUUACAAAACUUUCAAAUGAAAACAAAACAAUGUCUACGCUGGUAAAGAAAAUAGAAUCACGGGUAGCACCGUGUGUCUUUUGUUCCCCUAUAAAUGACGAUCUACUGGUUGGGAUAACUGCAAAACUGCCAGGAAUAUCAAAGUUACUUCGUUACAGUAAGACAGGAAAACUGAUUAGAACAAUACAGAAGAAUAGCAGGGACCAGGAGCUGUACGAGAAUCCGUUAUACAUCACAGAAAACCUAAAUGGAGAUGUAAUUGUGUCUGACUCGUCCCGUGGAGUAGUGGUGACAAAUCGAAUUGGAAGGCAUCUUUUUUCUUACACAGGAUAUUCAGAAGGAUCAAGAAUAGAACCAUAUGGAAUUUGUACAGAUGUGCUGUCACACAUUCUGGUAUUUGAUCGUAAAUCUAGCAAAGUCCAGAUUCUUGACAAGGAUGGCAAUUUCCUGUCAAAUAUACAAACAACAGAACGUGGCCCUGUGUCUGGGAUUGUUGCCCUACAAUAUGGCGGCUAUAGGGCUAUAGGGAAUAACUCUUGCUUAAAUCAUCUCAAUGAAAAACACUCAGGGCCAUUUGGCAGUGAGGGUUCUUGUCGUGCCCAGCGCCUAUCGUGA